GAACAUCGAUCUAUUCAUUCAAAUCGUUCCAUGGGACACAAAUAUAUUCCGGAAAUAUGCCAAUUCAUUCUACAGUGUACGUAUGGAAUUACAAUAUACUACUGUAUUCGCUGGCGUACACGAGCUGGGCAUGGGCACCAUACACAGAGCCGAUCCGCGAGCAAUCGCGUGCGCGAGUGGGCGGCUGGCUGGCCGAACGGGUGCACGGGAGCGCGGGCGAGAGGCGGUGCAUGCUAAAGGGGUUGUGGGCGAGAGACGCCGAGAAAGUGGACAAGCGGACGGACAAAGAGAAGCAGGCGAGCGCGGAUGUCGACGUCUCCCCCGUCGACGCUGCGAACCCGGAUGCGGUGGGCGUCGUGACGAGCAGCGUGGACGUCGCGGUGAACCAGCCGGUGACGAUGGCGGUCGUGAAGGAGACGACGCUCAGCCCGCUGACGUGGCUCCCGAGCCUCGCGUACUUGACGACGUUCGGGUUCGAGCUCGCGGUGGACGCGAACCUCUCGAACGUGCUCUAG